CGCCACCUUUCAUGUCACAGUUAUAUUUGUUCCCUCUCAAAGACAAAUUCAAGAAACACUUUCACUCUUGAUAAUCGCAAAGGUAGAAAUUAGGUUGAAGGAUUCUUGCAGCCGAAUCUAACUCCGAUUCAAUUCAAACCCAAGGCACAAAGAAUUUAAGAAUCUCACUCUGAUUUUUUGUCGAAGAUGGCGAAAGUGACACUUCACGUGUACGACUUGACCAAUGGUUCGGAGAAGACGAACAGCACCGUUGUUCACAUUAACAAGAUCUUCAAGAAUGGUAUUGGUCUCGGUGGUAUAUUCCACAGCGCUGUUCAGGUUUAUGGAGAUGAAGAAUGGUCAUUUGGAUUCUGUGAGGAAGGAACUGGUGUUUUUAGUAGUCCUUCAGGGAAGAACACAAUGUUUACAUAUAGAAAAUCACUUGUACUAGGAAAAACAAACUACAAUAUUUUCAAGGUAAAUCAAAUAUUAAGAGAACUUAGUCGAGAGUGGCCUGGGAAUUCUUAUGAUCUCUUCUCCAAAAACUGCAAUCAUUUCUGUGAUGAAUUUUGUCGAAGACUAGGCGUUCCGAAACCUCCUGGUUGGGUUAACAGGUUUGCUAACGUUGGUGAUAUUGUUAAGGAAAUGGCUGCGAGUACAUCAUUAUGGUUCCGACAAGCAAGAACAGAGAUUGUAGCAGCAACCAAAGUAGCAUACAGAUUCCUGUUUUGUGUUACAAAUAAUGUUAAAGCUGAUAUGGAUGACUCCCCUAGAGAAGAAUCUCCUAGAGUUCAACAUGCUUGGUAGAAAAAUCAAUCUCCUAGAGUUCAACAUGCUUGGUAGAAAAAUCUUAUUACCAAUGGUAUGAAACCAUCUACUCUAGUAGUUCAGAAGCUGAAAAUCCAUGUGAUUGAAUGAUGUAUAGUAGUGGAAGCUAGCAUUGGUUUACUGCAUGCACAUUUUAAGUCAAAAAGCAACUGCAAUUUUUACAU